UUGCUGUGCUCGUUACCCCUGUACCGCCGACUGUACAGCAGGUGGCUUCCAGGUUGUCUCUCGCCUACCGAGGUCGCCGGCCCCAAACAAUCGAGGAUAAUACUAGACGCCACCCUAUUACUGUCCACCCCCCUUGGUUCAGCAGCCUCAACCACGAAACUCUGUUGCACUUUGUCACACAUCGACGCUCAUGAGCCGUCAGACCAGGCCAAACUCAAGAUAUGUUGGCUCGCUCGACAGACACCCUCACCGCUCUCCACGCCCCCAAUCACACGAUCGACGCACAAACCCACAGACACCACCACACCACACCGGAUGCCUAUUCCCUUGGUCGCCUGUUGA